UGUUCAUACCUAUUACUGCAUGGUUGGUGGAGCUAAUUUUCUGCACUGUUAGAGAACAUGAAUAUAUUGCAUAAUUGAAACAGUUAGGGUAACAUAUGUACAUCACUUUUUACUGACUGACCAGAGGCGCAUGCUCCCUUUAUACCCCCGACAAGACUUGAACAUGAACUUCCACGUGUCGCGAGCACGCCACUUUUUCACCGCCAACUGUCUGUCCGACCGCACCUGAAAGCAGCACGAGAGAGGCGGUGCCUUUGUGCUGACGUCAGAGUGGGCCGGUCCUCGGGCAGGGCUGGCUGAGCACACUCUGAGCGGCGCCAUCCAUUACCCCGGGAAGGAGAGCUAGCUUGCAAAAAUGCCUCCCAAAGACCUCGACCCACCCCUAAAAGCUGGUCCAUGGACGCACGUUGUCGUGUUAUUCCACUGACACACGAGGCAGAAAAGGACAUGAGUGCGAUAAAAUGGCAGGGUUUUGAAUGUUUGGUUCCUCUGGGUAUCAGCGUGGCGUCGGCGGCGGGUCGUUUCCAAAGUUGUCGAUUAGCAGGGCGCGUGAAGGAUCGGUAUUAAAGGAGCAGUACGCCUCCUGUAUCCUCAAAACAUGGAGAAGCCGCAGAGCGAGCUGGACCGAGACCGACAGUACUGUGAACUUUGCGGGAGGUUUGAUAACCUUCUUAAGUGCGGUAGAUGCCGCAGCUCCUUCUACUGCAGCAAGGAGCACCAGAAGCAGGACUGGAAGAAACACAAGCUCAUUUGUAAGGAGGCGGACAAGCCGCAGCUGCCUGCACAGAAGCCCGAGCAGGCACCGCAGCCCGGGGACGACGAGGCGCCUGAGAAAUGUCGAGAAGAGCAAAGCUCCGAGCAAGCGGACAUUGCAAACACAAGUACAAACACAAAAGCACUGAGAAUUGAUGUGAGAGCUGGACAUGAUAUGUCCGACAGCACCGCCACACCUAACGGACAGAGCAGCUUAUCCCCGCAGAAACUUGCCAUGGAGUGCAUAGUGCCGUGCAUGAAUAAGCACGGCAUCUGUGUGGUGGACGGCUUUUUAGGAGCAGAGAUCGGGCUGGGCAUUCUUGAAAAUGUCAAGGCCCUGUACGAAACUGGCAAGUUCACAGACGGUCAACUGGUGAGUCAAAAGAGCGACUCCACUAAAGACAUCCGAGGGGAUAAAAUCACGUGGAUCGAUGGCAAGGAGCCCCGCUGCGAGAGGAUCCAAUUUCUAAUGAAUCGCAUGGACGAUCUGAUUAGACAUUGUAAUGGCAAACUGGGAAACUAUGCGAUAAAUGGAAGAACAAAGGCAAUGGUGGCAUGUUACCCCGGAAACGGGACAGGAUAUGUACGCCAUGUGGAUAACCCUAACGGCGAUGGACGGUGUGUCACAUGCAUAUAUUACCUUAAUAGAGAUUGGAAUGCCAAGGAACAUGGAGGCCUUCUUCGAAUCUUCCCAGAGGGAAAGGCCCAGUUUGCCGACAUAGAGCCAAAAUUUGACCGUCUGCUUUUGUUCUGGUCGGACAGACGGAACCCUCACGAGGUUCAGCCCGCUUACGCCACAAGGUAUGCCAUCACCGUGUGGUAUUUUGAUGCAGACGAGCGAGCCAGAGCUAAAGAAAAGUACUUAACAGGUGCAGGGGAUAAAGGAGUAAAAGUUGAUCUCAACAAAUCAUCAGAUCCCAGCUAGUGGGAUGCAGAGUUCCCCUGCAAACAGCCAUUAAGUGCUCUGUCCUAAGAAUGUGGCCUAUAGUGAGCGUGCGAGUGUGUGUUUUAACUGUCAUACAGCAGACUUUAGUAUGAGUGGGUGGAAGAUCCGUGCUUAUGGAGAGAGAAAAAAAAGACAAAUAUCUGGUGAUUUCUGUUCAUUUUCAGCCAACCUCUGCAACCCAGCAGAACUUGAAUGUCAUAACAUUGUACUGAAAGGGAUAGUAUGUUGUUUUUGCUCUAUUUUCUUUCACCUCUGGUGAAGUAAGCUUGUGUUACAACUGACAUUUUCAGCCAUUUGCUUUGAACAGGUAUUAAGCUCAGAGAAAGUCUUCAUCUUUUUUCUCUUUUUUUUUUUUGCUGUUUAUUUCUUAAAGGUACAGUGUUCUGCAAAUGUGUCAUGUGUUAUGCUUUUCACAAUGAAUCAGCUGUUAUAAUAAGCUACUGUAUGUGCUUAUGUUUGCAGUCAUUUCAGAAAUUACCUAAAAUUCAGUUUUCUGACAGAACGUCUUAGUUUAAGUUCUUCUGCAGCGCAGUAGAUGCUAAUGGAGGCUUUCGUGAUCUUGUUUGGAUACAUGAACUAGCGCUGACUGAUCAUUUGUAUUUUCAGCAUCGCAAUGUGAAUAUGCGCAGAAAUGCAUCUUAAGGCUACCUGAAACAUGAUUGCUGAGUCAGUUUAUUUACGCAUACCAACCUUCCACACUCUGCAUGAGC